AUGGCAACACCACCAGUCCGACAGUGGGGAGUUACUCCUCCUAUUUCCACCGUCCUGCCCACCCCGGAUGAACUUGCUGCGAACGAUGAUUUGAUUUCUGAACUUAAAGCUCAGAACAACUUCGAGAGCCCUACGGAGACCGACCGAAGAAAGCAAGUGUUACAGUUAAUCCAAAAGGUUACCCUCGAAUUUGUCAAGGUCGUGAGCCGAAAAAAGGGACUUACUCCCGCGGCCGUCGAAGCAUCAGGAGGAAAGAUCUUCACAUAUGGCAGUUACCGUCUGGGUGUUUAUGGUCCUGGCUCGGAUAUCGAUACAUUGGUGGUUGGACCAAAGCAUGUCGUGAUCGAUGAUUUCUUCUCGGACUUCCCUCCAGUUCUCGAAGCGAUGGCUCCCCAAGGGGCCAUUGAAAAAAUGACCCCGGUUCCAGACGCCUAUGUUCCCAUUAUCAAACUCGAAAUGUCCGGAAUCAGUAUUGAUUUGAUCUUUGCUCGCCUGGUUAUACCGUCGAUUCCAAUCAACCUCGAUUUGAAGAACAAUGAUUACCUUAGAGGGCUGGAUGAACGGGAAGUUCGAUCGCUUAAUGGAACCCGUGUGACCGAUGAGAUUCUCGAGCUUGUUCCCCAGCAGAAGACGUUCCGCUUUGCUCUGCGCGCCAUCAAGCUUUGGGCACAACGUCGAGCUAUCUACUCCAACAUUGUAGGUUUCCCCGGUGGUGUUGCUUGGGCCAUGCUGGUAGCCAGAGUUUGUCAGUUAUACCCUCAAGCGACUGGAUCAGUCAUUGUCGGCAAAUUCUUCCGCAUCAUGAACAAGUGGGCAUGGCCUCAACCUGUAUUGUUGAAGCCGAUUGAAGAUGGCCCUCUUCAGAUCAAAGUUUGGAACCCAAAGAUCUACCAUGGUGAUCGGUUUCACCUCAUGCCUAUCAUCACGCCGGCAUAUCCCUCCAUGUGUGCGACUCACAAUAUCUCGAUGUCUACCAAGGCAGUUAUUCUCCGCGAACUGCAGCGUGGUGGUGAUAUUGUAGACAAGAUCUUCUUGAAGCAACAGACUUGGAAUGACCUCUUCGCUCGCCACGAAUUUUUUGCGCGGGACUAUAAGUACUAUCUCAGCAUCACUGCCUCCAGCAAGACCAAGGAAGCUGAAGCUGUGUGGUCGGGUCUUGUAGAAUCUAAGCUAAGACAUCUUGUUGGCGCUUUGGAUAGGAAAGCGACCAUUGCGGUAGCUCAUCCUUUCCCCAAGGGUUUUGAGAGAAUCCAUAAGGUCAGCAACGACCAGGAAGCAGAAGCAGUCAAGAAUGGGUCCACGCAAUAUCAUGACAAGGGUACGAAGACCGAAACUACCGAUGAGAUGAAAGACCCUGCACACCAAGCCGUGGCCGAAGAUGGUAUCGAAAAGCCAGAACUCUCAGAGCUUGCACAGCAGAAAGCAGAUGACGAAAGCCGAACAAUUUAUACCACAACUUAUUACAUUGGUUUGGAAUUGAAACCUCUCGAACCAGGUGCCUCGCGGUCGUUGGAUAUCUCGACUGACGCUCAAAUCUUCAAAUCAACUUGCACCUCCUGGGCGGGAUACCAGCCAGGCAUCAACGAUUUGGCAAUUACUCAUGUUCGCAAUUUCGACCUGCCGGAGGAUGUCUUCCAACCAGGCGAGACUCGGCCUACUCGGCCUAAGAAGAAGGUCGUCAAGAAAGCCGAAGCGAUUGGUCAGAAACGAGGCAUCGACUCUCUGGACGUAAGUGCACGCAAGAAAGCCAAAGCAGACCCCGAGCGACAGGAUAUUCGCCACUACUAA